ACCACAUGUUACUAAUUGUUUAGUUUCCACCUGUUAGAGCUAUUACAAACCACAAGAUCCCUGAAACUCAGAUCCCUGAAAGUGAGUCCCAAUCCCAAGGGAUGAACACUGAAAAUCCGAGGAUUGAGGGCAGAGAGAAUCAAAAUUUGGACGCUUCAGGCACAGAGGAGGGGGAGGGUGAGUCGGAUGACAUUGGAUCUGACUCCAAUCCUCUUCCAAACGUCGGCUGGGUCAUUGCCGACAGUGAGUAUGAGGAAAGCAAGUUGGAGGAUGAGCCAAUGCAAGGAUUUGGAAGUGAAUUUGAUGAAGACCAGUUCGUAGAGGAGGAGGAGGACAGAAACGAACUGUCUGAUGCUGAGAUGGGCAGCCACUCCAAUGCCAUUGGCACAGGGGUUGGCGUGGUCCAGAGAUUUCCAGGCUUGUUGUCCUACCGAGACUACAAAAUUCUCCUCUCUGUUUGGGAGAGGAGGAAGAGCAGUGUGAGGCGGCGCGCGGAGCAGCGGUGUGAGGCGGAGCAGCGAUGAGAGGCGGAGCAUCAGUGUGAGGCGGAGCAGCGGUGUGAGACGGAGCAUCGGUGUGAGGCGGAGCAGCGGUGUGAGUAUGAGGCAUGUGAGAUGAAUAAUGGGAAGGAGCUGCAGUUUUUUUUGGGUGGAGUUUCUAAUUUUAGAAGGGUUGGAUAUUUAUAGGCUAUGGCCUUUUGGUGGACUUUAUGUUUGUAUUUGGAGGGAAAUGUUUAGAAAUUUCCCUCAUAUUUGUAAAAUGUUUUCAGUUUUGAUUUUGAGACCAGUGCCAAAAAUUUGCAGUAGUUGCAUUCGAACAAAGCAAUGGUUUUUGG